UCACGUCACCGUCACAAAUCCACAGUCGUGAAAGUCUUUUAAAUGACCUAGUCGGAACCAGCGAGUCGCCCUCUAACCAAUUUUUCGUAAUACGUCCAACCCCAAAGCUAAAUAUUUGGUCCGGUUCGUUAAACUGCUUCUAAAAAAUGUUCCGUACCGUUGUGCUAAGGAGCGAAGUCGCCAGAAACAUCGUCCGCAAAGCUGUGAGGGACAAUCUAUUAAGGAAUUCCAGUGUACAAUGCACCAGAAGAAGACACUAUCACAGACGGUUGGAGGCUGUCAACAAUCCCCUGUUGGCACAAACUCAAAACACUACCAUUAUCCAUAAGAGGUACUAUGCUGACCUUCCAGCACACAGUCGUAUCAACUUGCCCGCGCUCUCCCCCACCAUGGAAGUGGGUACCAUCAUCAGUUGGGCGAAAAAGGAAGGCGAGAAACUCAACGAGGGCGAUCUGCUGGCCGAGAUCGAGACCGACAAAGCGACCAUGGGUUUCGAAACACCUGAAGAAGGUUAUCUUGCCAAAAUCCUGAUCCCAGCCGGUACUAAAGAGGUGCCAAUCGGCAAGCUGGUGUGCAUUAUCGUCGAGAACGAAGCUGACGUGGACUUGUUCAAAGACUACAAAGAUGAUGGCUCCACCGCUGCCUCAAGCGCUCCACCACCAGCUGCAGCCGCACCAACUCCAGCACCACCAACACCCACUCCAGCUCCACCAACUCCCGCGCCCGCCGCUCCAGCCGUAUCUUCGCAUGGCGCGCCCGAGGGCGGACGAGUGUAUGCUAGUCCGAUGGCCAAAAGACUGGCCGAACAAAGAAACAUCAGGCUGCAAGGUAAAGGUAGCGGUCUCUUUGGCUCCAUCACCGCUGAAGAUCUAGUCAAGAUGGCUCCGGCUGCCCCAGCAGCUGGUGCUCCGGCUGCAGCAGGUCAACCUGCCGCCUCCUACAUCGACAUCCCAGUUACCAACAUCAGAUCAACGAUCGCAAAGCGUCUGCUUCAAUCAAAAACUCAAAUACCCCAUUACUACCUCACCGUGGAAUGCAAUAUUGACAAGCUUGCGCAACUACGCGAGACCUACAACAAAAAGUUGGAGAAGAGCGGCGUUAAACUAAGCGUUAACGAUUUCAUUAUCAAGGCCACCGCCGUCGCUUCCAAGAAAGUCCCUGAAGCAAACUCGAGCUGGACUGACACGGCGAUCCGCCAAUACAAGGACGUAGAUGUAAGCGUCGCUGUCUCCACCGACAAAGGCCUCAUCACACCCAUAGUAUUUCAGGCCAACGACAAAGGCGUUGCUGAGAUCAGUCAGACUGUGAAGGCAUUAGCCGCUAAAGCCAGGGAGGGCAAACUCCAACCCAACGAAUUCCAAGGUGGCACCAUCAGCGUUUCCAAUUUGGGAAUGUUCGGCGUCAAGGACUUCUGCGCCAUCAUCAACCCACCCCAAAGUUGCAUCCUGGCCAUUGGAACCACCGAGAAAAAGUUGGUACUCGACGAGAAAGCCGAGAAAGGAUUUAGAGAAAGUCAAUUUUUGAGUGUUACAUUGAGCUGUGACCACAGAGUGGUUGAUGGUGCCGUAGGCGCCAAAUGGUUGCAAGUGUUUAAGGAAUGUAUGGAAGACCCAGUUGCCAUGAUCAUCUAAAAAUUUAAACCCCCGGAAAGUGUUAAGGACUCUUUACGUAAUUGAAAAUUAUUUAUUGAAGUGCUGCCAGACUGUGCGUCUAAAGAUAUAUAUGGUAAUUUUUAUGUUUCAAUGAUAUACAACCCAAAGUGUAUAGUUACUAUUUAUAUACAAAAACACAAGCAUCUAGACCGGGUCAAGCGCCGUGUUAAGGGUGCACUUUUCAAUUUCUGAUAAGUACUUUUAACAUGGCGGGUCUAUAAGCUCUGACCGGACAAUGUUUUAUUUGCAUUUACAUCUAGAAGGCGGUUAUUUGUUAUACUACUCGUAAUUUUAUUGUUACUUUGUCCAGUCAUAAAUAUAAUUUUAUUAUUAUUGUGUUAA